AUGCACGACACAAGCCACGGCUACCAACUAGGCGUCGACGUCGGCGGCACCUUCACAGACGUCUUCGUUUUCACCCCCACCGGCCACACCCUCCGCGCCAAAGUCCCCACCACAAUCCCAGACCAAAGCAUCGGCAUCCUCGACGGCAUCGCCAAAGGGAAAGGCGCACGCACGGCGCUGGUCGUUACCGCGGGUCAUAGGGAUAUUCUCGCGUUGAGACGCUCGCAUAUCCUCGGUGGACUGGGUGCUUGGAUUCAUUAUACGCCACCGGAGCCGAUUGUGCCGUUGGAGAGGGUUGUCGAAUGUAGGGAGCGGAUGUCGGUUUUGGGGGAGACGGUUGUUGAUGUUGAUGUUGCGGAUUUGAGGGUGCGGUUGAGGGAGAUGGCGACGAGGCAUCGACCUGAGUUUCUGAAUUCGCAUGGGAAUGACAAGCAUGAGCGCGUUGUGGAGGGGGUUGUUCGGGAGGAAUUGGGGAGUGAUGUGGCGGUUAUUUGCUCUGCUGAUGUGCUAAGGGAGGUGGGCGAGUACGAGCGGACGGUGACGACUUGUACGAAUGCGCUGGUGAAGCCUGUUGUGCAGGCGCAUUUGCGGAACUUAGCUGGGAAGCUUGCGACGGAGAGCGAAACGAUUCGUGUUCUUAAGAGUGAUGGCGGAUUGACGAGUCUUACUCUUGCCGGGGAGCUGCCUGUGAAUAUCCUCAUGUCCGGACCAGCUGGGGGUGCCAAGGGAGCUGCAGAUACUGUCGCGCAGUACACACCGUACAAGAAGCUCAUCACGCUUGACAUGGGCGGUACAUCGACAGACUGCACACUUAUCUACGACGGCAAGCCACAACUGCGACGGGAGACAGUCGUCGAUACCCUGUCUGUUCGCUCGCCUGCCGUCGAUGUCAAGACUGUCGGCGCUGGAGGGGGUUCUAUCGCGGCAUACUUGGAGCUUACAGAGACACUUUGCGUUGGCCCUGAAAGUGCAGGCGCAAAGCCGGGACCUGCAUGCUAUGGAAAAGGAGGAAAACAGGCGACGGUUACAGACGCAAAUCUGGUGCUGGGAUACUUGCCCAAAACCCUCCUUGGUGGUGAGUUCGCGCAGGACGUGAAGUCUGCCGUCUCGGCUGUGGAGAGUAUCGCGACGCAAAUGGGCCUUCCAGUUAUCCAGACAGCCGAGGAUAUUAUCAAGAUCGUCAAUGAGACGAUGUACGGCGCUCUCCGACUGGUCUCGGUUGAGCAGGGCUACGAUCCUAGAGAAUUCGCUCUGGUGGCAUUCGGAGGCGCAGGACCAUUGCACGCCAAUGCUGUCGGAAAGUUGCUCGGCGCAUGGCCUGUUAUUAUCCCCCAGUCACCUGGGACGCUGUGUGCCCAGGGAGAUGUAACUACAAAGCUGAGCCAUGAGCAGUCUGCUACUUUCAUCCGACUCCUCGCUGACGCGACUGCUACCGAGCUGCGGGAACAGUACGCGAAGCUGGAGCAGCAUUGUAGAGAAACGCUGCAGAGAUCAGCAUCCACCAACUCAUGGCCUGUCACUUGGAACACCAAAUACCAAGCAGACAUUCGGUACAAGGGACAAGAGUUGACAGUUACUGUUGAUUUGCAAGCGGAUGAGUUAGCCCUCGAUACAGAGGCAUGGCACGCAGUAUUGCGGGGAAAGUUCGAGCAACAGCAUCGGCAACUAUUUACGUAUAUUCUGACAGGAUUCGAGUUGGAACUCAUGCGACUUGGUGUUGUGCUGGAAGAUGCUUCUCCCAAUGUGAAGAUGCAGCAAUUGGACAAGGCGACGUCAAGCGAACCACCUGCAGAUGCUAAGCUCGGCGAACAGACGAUUAUCGUUGAAGGAAAGAAACAACAAGCCACUUUAUGGGACCGGUACAAGAUCAGUAAAGAUGGCAUCCGCGUCAUCGGACCUUGCAUCGUCACCGAAAUGGACAGCAACACGCUGAUAUUACCUGGUUACUACGGAGAAAUCGACAGCAUCGGAAACAUCCUCAUCAGACCAAUCGGCGAAGAGACGACCAGCUCAAUACAGCAACACAACGACGUAUCCCCAACGGAAUUCGUCCGCAAUACUCCACUAAUCCCAACUCUCGUCUCAGCCGCCCUAUCCUCCAUCCGCGGCGAAAUGGACAAGAUGAUGCUCCGCUGCAGCAUGUCCCCAGCCAUCCGCGAACAACAAGACGAAUUCAACGUAAUCACCGACAGCCAGGGCAAGAUGCUGGUAGGCCAAUUUGCCAGUUUCAUCACCCAGUUCUUAGAAGCCUGGCACGGCACGAUCGAGGACGGUGAUGUCUUUAUCACCAACGAUGUCUACCAGGUUAAGGGGGCGAUGAGCCAUCUCAAUGACGUGAUUGUACUCCUGCCUAUCUUCUACGAGGGCAAGCUUAUCGGCUGGGCUUCACAGUUUGGUCAUUUGACUGAUGUGGGUGGGAUGGUGCCGGGGAGUAUGUCGAUUAAUGCUACCUCGGUGUUCGACGACGGUAUUCAGGUCCCGUGUAUCAAGCUGUACUCGAAAGGAGUUGUGAAUUCGGAUCUCCUCGAGCUUCCGUGCCGCAACUCCCGCCAGCCCGCAUGGUGCCGAUCUGACAUUACCGCUAUCAUCGCCGCUUGCAGUAUGGCAGCGAUACGAGUCCGCGAACUAGCUACGCGUUUCGGAUGCGAGGUAUACCUAGCUGCCUGCGACGAGUUACUAUACCGGAACCGCACAGGAUUCGCCAAGAUUAUCGAGCGCCAAUUCGACGACAAGGAAAGUACAUUUACCGAUUUUGUCGACGACGAUGGCCACGGCGUUGGCCCUUGGGCAUUAACCUGCUCAAUGAAGAAAGUCGGCAAUCACGGCCUCAAGUUCGACUGGAGCGGGACGUCGCCACAAAGUUCGCACAGCAUUAACUUCUACCUCUCCGAGACCAUGUUCAAGAUGUUCAUCGGGUACUACUUAAUCGCAGCCGCAGCCCCGGGAAGAGUCAUCAACGACGGCUUCCAUGAUCUAAUCGACGUGUACAUCCCCGAAGGAACGGUCCUGAAACCAGUCCGUCCGGCGCCCAUUUCCUGCAGAACUCAUUUCCUAGGACGUACCCUGGACAUGGUUCAGGCCCUAAUCGGCCAGAAGGAUGAUGCGUACCAAGCUGCCGCUGGCUUCAGCGAUUCACCACACUUCUUCUAUUCGGGAUUCAAACCCAACGGUGAAUGGUACCAGUUGUACCAGAUUGGAUUUGGCGGCGUGCCUGCCCGACAGGCAGGCGACGGACCCGACUGCCAUUGUCUCUUCCCGGCUAUCAAGUCCAUUCCUACGGAAAGUAUCGAAUUGAAUUACCCUUUGCGCAUCGAAGCAAAUGGAAGCGUUCCUGACACUGGCGGUCCGGGGUUCUACCGUGGCGGCAACGCUCAGCGCACGCUAUACCGGUUCCUCUCUCGUGGUGAAAUCAGUCUGCACGAUGAUCGAUGGUUCACGAAGCCGUGGGGCUUGAAGGGGGGUAAGCCGGGCAACGAUCUCGGAAGGCCUUGUACCGACGCUCUACCGAUGAUUCAGGCGUGGUAG